CAAAACAAGAAACGUAGCAGCCUACAUGAAAUUGACGCUACAUCAGAGCCUGUUUUUUCUAUAUUAGACAUUCUCUGGCUACAUGAUCGAAUUGAAGAUACUGUAGUGGAAGCUAGCUAGCAAACAGCUUCUACGAUGAAACUGUACUGCCUAUCUGGACACCCUACAUUGCCAUGCAAUGUUCUCAAAUUUAAAUCCACCACCAUCAUGUUGGACUGUGGGCUGGAUACCACGUCUGUCCUCAACUUCCUUCCCCUUCCUCUGGUGCACAGUCCAAGGCUCUCCAAACUACCUGGGUGGAUUUCCAAAGAUGGCACGGUUAACCUGCAGAAGGAACUCAAGGAGUGUGCAGGUCGUGUUUUUGUGGACUCACAACCAGAGUUCUGUCUCCCAGAGAAAGAGCUGCUUGACUUAUCCACCAUUGAUGUCAUAUUGAUUUCUAACUAUCACUGUAUGAUGGCCCUCCCCUACAUCACUGAACACACCGGUUUCACUGGAACGGUGUACGCCACAGAGCCAACUCUCCAGAUAGGCAGAUUGCUAAUGGAGGAGCUGGUGAAUUUCAUGGAAAGGGUACCCAAGGCUCAGUCUGCCGUCUGCUGGAAGAAUAAGGAAAUACAAAGGCUGCUACCUGGACCACUAAAAGAUGUUGCUCAUGUGUGGGCAUGGAAGCGAAGCUACAGCAUUCAAGAGGUCAACUCUGCUCUCAGCAAAGUCCAGCUUGUGGGCUACUCCCAGAAAGUGGAACUGUUUGGCGCUGUGCAGGUCACGCCCCUCAGCUCCGGCUACUCAUUGGGCAGCUCAAACUGGAUCAUCCAAUCCCAUUAUGAGAAAGUGUCCUAUGUGUCUGGAUCCUCCCUUCUCACCACUCAUCCUCAGCCAAUGGAUCAGAGCUCACUGAAGAACAGUGAUGUUCUCAUCCUGACUGGCCUCACUCAAAUGCCAACUGCCAACCCAGAUGGCAUGCUGGGAGAUUUCUGCAGUAACCUGGCCAUGACUAUUCGCGCAGGGGGCAACGUGCUGGUGCCUUGCUACUCCUCUGGAGUGAUCUACGAUCUUCUGGAGUGCCUGUACCAGUUCAUAGAGAACGCCAACCUCGGAAACACACCUUUCUACUUCAUAUCCCCCGUGGCCAACAGCUCCCUGGAGUUCUCACAAAUCUUUGCUGAGUGGCUCUGUCACAACAAACAGUCAAAGGUCUAUCUUCCAGAACCUCCUUUUCCUCAUGCAGAGCUGAUCCAGACCAACAAGCUGAAGCACUACCCCACCAUCCAUGGCAGCUUCAGCAGCGAGUUCCGUCAGCCAUGCGUGGUGUUUACCGGUCACCCUUCCCUACGUUUCGGUGAUGUGGUUCACUUCUUGGAGCUGUGGGGGAAGUCCAGCCUCAACACCAUCAUCUUCACUGAGCCCGACUUCUCCUACCUAGAAGCCCUGUCCCCCUACCAGCCUCUGGCCAUGAAGUGUGUCUACUGCCCCAUCGACACACGCCUCAACUUCCACCAGGUGUCCAAGCUCCUCAAGGAGGUCCAGCCCCUCCAUGUGGUGUGCCCAGAGCAGUACACCCAGCCUCCCCUGGCCCAGCCUCACCGCUCAGACCUGAUGCUAGAGCUGCAGCCUGCUCCCAUGCCGUACCGGCGCUGUUCCGUCCUGAGCCUGCCCUUCAGACGGCACUACGAACGCAUCCAACUGCUGCCUGAGUUGGCCCGGUCCCUUGUCCCCUCUGAGAUCAAGCCUGGCAUCUCUGUUGCAACAGUGUCGGCUGUCCUACAGUCCAAGGACAACAAACACAUGCUCCAGUCGGUGCCCAAGCCCCCUCCCGUGGCCCCUAGUAAGAAGAGGAAGAGGGUGAUGGAGGAUCCCCCAGAGCUGCUGGCCCCCAAACCUCUCCUCAGUGGAGCAAUCCCCCUGGAGGCCUUCCUGACCGCCCUCCACAAGCACGGCAUCACGGAGGUGAAGGUGGAGGAGACGGCAGACGGCCACAUGCUCCACCUGCAGACCGAGGACACUCUGAUCCAGCUGGAGGAGGACGGGACGCACAUUGUGUGCGACAACAACGAGACGCUGCGCACCACCCUGCGAGACCUGGUGCUGAGGUUCUUACAGAAGCUCUGAACCCUGACAUCAACAUCCCCUUCUCCCUCCCCUGUCUGUACCUCCCUCAUCCUCCAGGACUGAGUAACAGCUGGUCCUUGAUAUUUCCUCCAUGCUCUAUUAAUACCUAGGACCCAUUAUAAGAGAAGUUUGGACUUGGGAGGGUUUAGGAAGUCAACCCAUAUCGUUGUGUGUUUAAAAGGGGUGUGUUACCAUUAUCUUACAGUUAAUAUUUGUAAAAUAGCUUUUUUGUAAUAAAAUUCCAAUUUGGAAUAUGUAUUUUUAGACUUAA